CAAAACGCUGUGACUUUUAUUAUACCACCCAUUUGCAGAAUGAAGUUGUUUGUUUCACUUCUCUUUGUCGUUUAUGAGCUUUCUUUAUGUGAAUCAAAAGGGAUCAGUGCUGGGACUGUGUUUGUGCUGAAGGGAGAGGAUGUGCUUCUGAAUGUCACGGCAGCUGAUGUUCUUCAGGAUGUUUCUAGUUUUUCAUGGACAUUUAAUGAGAAAAAAAAAGUAUUAACAGUUGACAAUGGCAAAAAACCACAUGUAUUUCCUAAUUACACUCGAAGGGUUGAGUUUCCUGUGAACAAUUUCUCUGUGAUCUUGAAGACUCUCCAAGAGGCAGACAGUGGAGUUUAUACUGCUGAAGUGACAAAGCUUUCAGGAGAUGUAACAAAAGCAGCUAAAUACAAGAUUAAAGUUCAAGAUCGAGCGUCUCUCCCUCUCCUCACAGUGGACUCUGUCUCCAGAAACUCUUCCUCCUGUAGCUUCACUGUGACCUGCAGCUCACAGGACUCUCACAUCAACAGCACUUUCAGGUGUGACAACCAAACCUGCAGUCAGGAGGGAGGAGAGCGGUCAGAGGGGAUCCCUGAUACUUUUCUCCAGGUCCACCAAUCAAAUGGCUCGAUCAACUGUAACUAUAGCAACCAUGUCAGCUGGACCAACGACGCCAAAAUAAUCAAAGACGUCUGCCACCAGCUUGUUGUUCCUCCCCCACCAAACCCUGUUCCCAUCAUUUUGGAGUAUUCUUCCCAAUUCUCAUUCUCGCCAUCAUUGGUGUAGUACUUUGGUGUCGUCGAAAGAGUAAGUCUAAGUGUUCAUUUUAUCAAAAACAUUUAUUUUUGUUUUACUGUCUGUGGGAAUUAAGUGUUUUAUUCAAGUUCAUC